GUUUCUGUGUGUGUGUGUGCAUUUGUGUGCGAGUGUAUGUGUAUUAUUUGCAUGGAGUGUACGUCUAGUGGGGGUGGUUCACUUAAAAUGGCUACGAAAACUUUUCAAUUGUGUGAAGUGCAUUGAAAUACGGAGAGACGAGAGACGUUUCGGCCUGGGCGGAAUUAUCGCAUCGUAUCAGGCCCUUUCACAUAUUAAUGUGACCAGUUGUAAGGAUGAGUGAUGUGCAGGCUGGUGGUGGAGCCAUGCCAGAGAUACCUGGUGAGAGACGGUUACGGCAACUGGAGUCGCUAUUCCUUAGCGGUCCAGUGCAGACGCAGACUAUUAGCAUAGAGACGCUAAUAGAUGUGCUUCUCAUACUCUUCGACGAGUGCUGCAACUCGAGUUUACGUCGCGAGAAGACCGUCUCUGCGUUCAUCGAGUUCGUCAAACCCAUAGCUUCGAACAUCAAGUCGCUGAGAUUGUCCCGAGAUGACUUCGAAAUCAUCAAAGUUAUCGGACGAGGGGCGUUCGGCGAAGUCUGCGUCGUUAAGAUGCGAGGCUCCGAUAAGGUCUUUGCGAUGAAACUGUUGAAUAAAUGGGAAAUGUUGAAAAGGGCAGAGACCGCCUGUUUCCAGGAGGAACGAGAUGUGCUCGUUUACGGAGACAGGCGGUGGAUUACGCAUCUUCAUUAUGCUUUUCAAGAUGAAUCAAAUUUAUAUCUUGUUAUGGAUUAUUAUUGCGGUGGUGACUUGUUGACGUUGAUAACUAAAUUUGAGGACCGUCUUCCAGAGGAUAUGGCAAGAUUUUAUAUAGCUGAGAUGGUGCUUGCUAUAGACUCCAUUCACAAAUUACGAUACGUCCAUCGAGACAUCAAACCAGAUAAUGUUUUGUUGGAUGCCAACGGACAUAUAAGAUUGGCAGAUUUUGGUAGUUGUUUGAAGUUGAACGAGGAUGGAACCGUCCAAUCGAAUGUUGCCGUCGGUACGCCCGAUUACAUUUCGCCGGAGAUCCUGAGGGCCAUGGAGGAUGGUCAGGGACGGUACGGGCCGGAAUGCGAUUGGUGGUCGUUGGGUGUCUGCAUGUACGAGAUGCUCUUCGGAGAGACGCCCUUUUACGCGGAGAGUCUCGUCGAAACGUACGGGAAAAUCAUGAACCACAAGAACUGCUUCGAUUUCCCGACGGACGUCGAGGUGUCCGAGCACGCCAAGGAUUUGAUAAGACAAUUGAUUUGCAGUCAAGAUUUUCGAUUAGGGCAGAACGGGAUACAGGAUUUCAAGACACACCCUUGGUUUGAAAAUGUUGACUGGGAAGGUAUUAGGGAUAGCAAUGCUCCCUAUAUUCCUGAAGUUUCUAGUCCCACAGACACCUCCAAUUUUGACGUCGACGACGCCGAUAUUCGGACGUCCGAUGCGGUGCCACCAACCUCUGCGAAUUCUGCAUUUACAGGUCUCCACUUACCAUUUGUCGGUUUCACAUUUACGCAGGGCAGUUGCAUUUCGGAUUUAGGAACGUUAUCCAUUGGGAAUACGACUAACAUAGUGGACGCGCAUAACAAGAAGAAUCACGGUGACAUCAUGCUCGUUACGUGCGAGGUGGAGAAACGUCUGUCUCCGGACGGCACCCGAAAGCUGCAAGACGAAAUCAACGUGUUGACGAAACGAAACUGCGAACUCGAGUCUCAGUUGCUGAUUUACGAGAAUGCUGGGAAUCAAUCGAAGGACGGCAACAACGAGCAGAUCGACACGGUCGACACUAAAAUGAAGGAGAUGGAGAAGCUGGUGAAGAUGAAGCAGGAGAAGGAGGAGCUUCUUAAAGACAAACAGGAUUUGUUGGAGAAGCUGAAGCUGCAGGAUAAGGAGCUAAAGGAUGCGCUGGCGCAACGGAAACUCGCGAUGGCUGAGUACACGGAGGUUUCUGACAAGCUCUCGGAUCUUCGUCAGCAGAAGCAAAAAUUAUCGAGACAGGUUAGGGAUAAGGAGGAGGAGUUGGAGACGGUCAUGCAGAAGGUGGAUUCUCUGCGGCACGAUAUUAGGAAAGCGGAGAAGUUGCGACGUGAGUUGGAGUCGCGGGCGGAGGAUGCGAUUGCCGAAGCCGGGAAGGAGCGCAAAUUGAGGGAACGAUCCGAGGAGUAUUGUAGGCAAAUGCAAGCAGAGUCUGACCGUCUUCGGGUGCGAAACGAAUUGGCCCCGAGAGAUCAGCAAGAUAAUCAUAGGCUCAAAGCGGAACUGGAAAAGCUCGAGGUCCAGUAUAAUGAAAGUCUGACGCAACAGCAAACGAGAUACAAUUUAGAGAUUUCAUCGCUUAGGGAACAAUUGCAUGACGCUGAAACUCAUCGGGAUCUCCUCGAACGUGAGGUGCAACAGAUGAAAGAAAAACAAGAGAAAGCUAUAUUGGAAGCAUCGGUAGACACUGAACAGACAAUCGCCGAGUUAAAUCACAGACACGAUAGGGAAAAAAAUAUUUUAGUUGAGGACAACACAGAGUUGCAAACGAAAGUCGAGUUUUUGACAGAAUCAAUGGGCCGGAUACAAUCGGAGCGGGCCACGCUGGAGGCGGAAUAUGAACAGUUGCGAAGUAAACAAGAUAGCUUAGGUCAAUGGGAAACUCAAUUAUCAGAGAUAAUUCAGUGGGUCAGUGACGAGAAAGAUGCGCGGUCGUAUUUGCAGGCCCUUGCCACCAAGAUGACCGAGGAGUUGGAGUAUUUGAAGCAUUCAGGAGUAUCGAACACCGUCGGCGCUAUCGACAAGAACUGGAGGAACAGGAGGUCACAGAAGCUGGAUAAGAUGGAGCUGCUGAAUCUGCAAAGCUCGCUGCAGUCGGAGAUCCAAGCCAAGCAAAAUAUAAGCGAGGAUCUGAGUAAAACGCGCGCCGAAUUGUUGGCCGUACAAAAGGAACUGCGGGACGUUAAAAAGAAGAACGACAUGUUGGCUAUGGAGAACAAGAGUAAGGAGAAGCAGAUGAAGGACCUGCAGCAUCGACUCGAUACCGGCGAAGGAUUUCUCGAGAGACCUUCAUCGCAGAUGAGCUACUUGGAUCACUUCCUGAAGGAGUCCAACACCAAUCAGCAGCACGGGCACCAGAUUCAGUACGACACUGGAUCCUUGUCGCAGGUGCUGUUUCCGGGAACGUCCAUCGAAUCCGAAGACGGCGACAUCGAGGAUAACAGAGCUCUUAGUAUAAACUCAUCGAAAAGCAAUUUAUCCGAACUGAGCGUGCAUGAGCAGCCUUCGCCCAUGAAGCAUAAAUCUCAUCAGUUUUUGGUGCGGACGUUCGUGAGCCCGACGAAAUGCAGUCACUGCACUUCGCUCAUGGUUGGUUUGAUGCGCCAAGGAAUGGUUUGCGAAAUUUGCGGGUUUACAUGUCACACGGCUUGCUGUCCGCACGUUCCAAGCGUAUGUCCAGUUCCGCCAGAUCAAACUAAGAGGCCUUUAGGUAUAGAUCCAACGCGUGGCAUUGGAACAGCCUACGAAGGUUACGUCAAGGUACCAAAAACUGGAGGCGUUAAGAAAGGUUGGUUGAGGCAAUUUGUCGUCGUCUGCGACUUCAAACUAUUCCUGUACGAUAUUUCGGCCGAUAGAAAUGCUCUGCCAAGCGUGCACGUGGCGCAGGUGCUGGAUAUGCGAGAUCCGCAAUUUAGCGUUAGCAGCGUUAAAGAAUCGGAUGUUAUACACGCCAACAAGAAGGACGUGCCGUGCAUAUUUAGAAUCACCACUUCGCUAAUGGAGCCGCCUGGUUUGAGGAAUUCAAUGUUGAUGCUGGCGGAUUCCGAGGGGGAAAAGAACAAGUGGGUUGUGGCUCUCUCAGAAUUGCAUCGAAUCAUGAAGAGGAAUAAUUUACCGAAUACUACCGUACUGGUAGCUCGUGAAUUAGUCGAUAACUCUCUGACGUUGUUGAGGAAUACGUUGAGCGGCACUGUCAUCGAUCCGGAUAGGAUAGCUUUGGGCACUGAGGAUGGACUGUAUUGCGUAGAUUUAGAUACAACAGAAAUUGCUAAAGUGGGAGAUGGUAAAAAGAUUUACCAGUUGGAAUAUAUUCCACAGGAACACCUUCUUGUAGUGAUUAGCGGCAAGCAAAGACAUGUAAGAUUAGUGCCUAUAAGGGCUUUGGACGGCGAUGAGACCGAGUGGAUCAAGGUGGCGGAAAGCAAGGGAUGCACCAUUUUUACUGUAGGAGCACUCACGAGCUUACCCACUUAUGGUAUCUGCGUAGCCGUCAAGAAACAACAAUACACAUCAAUUAUUAUUUACGAGAUAAACAGAACGAGAAUUAGACACAAUCGUAAACGAGAGCUAGUACUUCCAGCCUGUGUUCAAUCCAUGCAGAUCCUUUCUGAUGGAAGACUGUGCGUAGGCUCACCAUCCACAUUCACCAUUUACAAUUUACAGACUGAUUAUCCACCAAUAUCUUUACUUCACCCCGAGAAUCCUUUACACGCGACGCUCUCGAUGAGUUCCGUCGACGCUUUAAAAGUUAUCGAACUGCCACGUCACGAAUUUUUACUAGUUUUUGGAUCACUCGCUGCCUACGUGGACCAACACGGUAGGAAGUCCAGGGAGCGAGAGAUGAUGUAUCCAGCAGUACCAACAAGUAUAGGUUACCGGGAUGGUCAUCUCAUAAUAUACAGCGAAACCCAUAUGGAUAUAUUUAAUUGUAGCAGCGGUGAAUGGGUGCAGACUUUGAAUGUGAAACGUUCUCGUCCGCUCAACGACACCGGUAGUUUGUCCGUGUGUGUUCUCAACGAUCUCGUGCACAUGCUUUAUCUGUCCAACAUCCAUCAGCACGAGGUCCUGAAUCUGGACAACAUCGUGCCGAUCGACAGGGAGGGAAGAAUUCUCCAGAGGACGCGUCGGAAGUUUUCGCUGCGGGAGGGAAACAAGUCUCAGAAAUUGAACGUUGAUAGACGGUCAAAGUUGAUAUCGGGGCCUACGAACUUCAAUCAUAUAUCCCACAUGGGACCUGGCCAAGGCAUCGAACGACAAAGAUUGAUUGAUCUGACGGUGGCUGCAGGCAUGGCCGCUGGAGAAGCUCCACACGUUCAACCUAGAUCUUCGAAAUCAACGUUACCACCGAAGCAUGGCGAGAGGAGGCGUCCGGAAAUCUCCAAUCCGACGCCGAUACGAACAGCUUUCCCCGCCUACAACGGCGCUCGAAGGGCGGCGCCCCCCCGACCCCGUGAACUUCCGCCGGCUUUGCCCCGCCCAUCGGACACGUCACCGUCCCCGGAUCCAGCGAGCCUCGGCAGCAUGUCAUCCCUACACGACAUCAUUAAAUUCGAAUUUCAGGGAUCCGAGCGCAACAGCAGUCCCAGACACUCCAUAGCUAGCAAUAACAGCUCUAACCUGUCUACACCGCCGUCGCCGCACGCCGAACACCAUCACAGUUCGAGUUACGAUAGUUAAAUAUCUUUAGUAUUCACUAUAUGCGUAGUAUUAAAAAAAAACGACAUUUUUUUUUUGCAAUAUAUCCGAUAUAUCAAUGUAAACGAGAACUCGACGACAGCAACAAUAACAAACAACAACAACAACAUUAUCACCUACACGUCUUAUUUUAUUAUUAUGUUA